UGAGGCCGGGAAGGCCGGGCUGCUCUGGGGGGAAAGAGCGAAGGGAACCCGGCGCCAGGCCGGCAUGAGAUUUUUAAGGCAAUUCAAAAGCUUAUUCCCUUGCUUCCCGAAAGUGAAGUAUUUUGAAUCAGAAACAUUAUUUCCAACACUGUGGACGCUUUGGAACUGGUCUUUUAAUCGAUUGCCUGAACAUCUUCCAAAAAUUCAAAGUCAAAGACAACGUUUCUUCACCCUGCAGGACAUGGCUGAUAAAAAACCUGACCUUGAUGGAUUCUUGCCGCAUCCCAGAGUACGUGGAAUGACCACCCUUGACAAAACUGCUUUCAAAAAUGAUAUUAUCAUCCCAGCUCUUUUAGUUAACAAAGACGUAACAAGCAAUCUGCUGAAGUCUCUUAAAGGAGUACUACUCAAGCGACCAGGUCUCAAGAGAGUCGUUGAAGACCCCGAGGAUGAAAACAGAAAGUACAUUUUGUUAGACCCACAUAAAAUAUCUGCUGACGGUUCUCUGGGUGAAUCCGAGCAGCAGAUCUUAAAAAGCCUUGGUAUUAACCCUGAAGUAGUCAAGUACAAGAUGGAACUCACUUAUGAUAAUUUCAAGACAGAAGAAAUUCUGAAAGCAGUGCUACCUGAAGGCCAGGAGAUCACCACAGCCUUUAGCAGAAUUGGCCAUAUUGCUCACAUGAAUCUGAGAAGCCAUCAGCUGCCUUAUAAACAUUUAAUUGGACACGUUAUCGUUGACAAAAAUCAAGGAAUAACCUGUGCUGUAAAUAAAAUCAAUAUUAUAGACAGCACGUAUCGAAACUUUGAAAUGGAGCUACUAGCUGGAGAUGGUGCCAACAUGAUAACAAAGGUUAAGGAAAACUAUAUCUCCUAUGAAUUUGAUUUUUCCAAAGUCUAUUGGAAUCCUCGCCUCUCUACUGAACAUUUGCGGAUUGUCAACCUUUUAAAGCCAGGAGACCUUAUCUUUGACGUCUUUGCAGGGGUGGGGCCUUUUGCAAUCCCUGCAGCAAAGAAGAACUGCAAAGUGUUUGCAAAUGACCUUAACCCUGAAUCAUGCAAAUGGCUCCAGCACAACUGUAAAUUAAAUAAAGUAGACAAAAAAGUCCAAGUUUUUAACCUGGAUGGCAGGAAUUUCUUGAAAGGGCCAGUGAAAGAAGAACUGGACAAGCAUCUCUCUUCGAAGGAAUGGAAAAAUUCUGUACACAUCAUCAUGAAUUUGCCAGCCAUGGCAAUUGAGUUCCUGGAUGUCUUCAGGCAUCUCUUGAAAGGAGAACCAGUCUGUGAUGAACUUCCUACAGUGCACUGCCACUGUUUUUCCAAACAUGAUAACCCCACGCAAGACGCUCAAGAAAGAGUUGAAGCUUUAUUGGGAACUUCCUUACAUGGUCUUUGUUCUGUUAAAUGGGUGAGAAAUGUGGCACCCAAUAAAGAAAUGAUGUGCAUUAGUUUUCAACUUCCAGCUGAGGUGUUAUACAAGCCGCUGUCUUCUCCGACAGAUGAUCCAGAAGAACCUCCAUCUAAACGACCAUGCCCAAAUGAAAAUUACACUGAAGAAAAUAAUCAAACCAUCUAGGCGAUAUGUGGAUCAUGACUGAAUAGAAUUUUAAUUCCAUUUUUCAAGGUGAGGAAAGUACAUUGGAUCUGAUCUGUGUGACAGCAGUUAUCUAAUCUUUCUCAGAGUUGGCAAUUGCACACUCAUGAGCUGAUUGUACAUUGAUUAUGUUUCAGUUGUGUUAUAUAUGAUAUGGGUCAAUUCUCUUAUCUAAAGAACAUUAAAUUUUCUAUUUUUCCAUAAUUUGUAAUAUUUUGUGUUCAGGCUUGUGUCAUUAUUCACCCACCAAUGAGAAAGUUUAAAUUAACAAGAUGAAGUAUUUCUCUGCAGUCUUGAAGUACCCAUACAUACAUAAGGCAUUGAUGUCAUUGCUCCUGUGAACUUUGUCCAGCCACAGCUCCUGAGGCACCAAGGGAGAUGACAUAUAAAGCAAUGAAGUAUUUGAAGUAUAAUGAAGGUUGCAAAUGGCGGUCUCAUCACAAUAGGAUGCUGCAAGUGUCAUAAUUAUGAGCCAGUUUCCAAAAACGUGAAUCAUAAUCAUAUGACCAUGGGACACUACAAUGGCUGCAACUUUGAGGACUGUGUAAGACUCCUUGUUCAGUGCCAUUGUAACUU